ACACACAACCAAUUAAAAACAUUUAACACCGUCUACUGAUAGGAGGUUUUUAAAUAAAGAUCAAUGGAAACUAUAUCACAGUCAUACUGGGCCGUGUGUUAUAAAGUGUAUAAACUGUCGCUGUCAUGGCGGAGAGCUUGUAAUCAAUAUGGACUAUUUGGAACAUUUAAAAUGGAGCAUAUCAAGUGAAAAAUUAAAUGACAUCUGGUUAGGACAAUAACAGCCAUAUAAUUAACUGACGGAUUAAUUGGAGUUUAAUUGGAUUCUUUGGAGGACGAUCGGAGGAUCUAAUGUUGAAUUCUGACAUUUUAAAAGCGGAAUGAUUUUGUUGGAGAAGAAACUUAUAUGUGGAUAUAAGCCCGUGUGCUUCACACAAAGAUGACGUCAGAGAAAAUCUGUAUCAGUUUCUGAAAAUAUAGCAGCCAUGCCUACAUCUUCGUCAAACGAGAAGCUUUUCUGGGCGGACCGGAAGAACCGAAUGGAGAAAUCUCGUUUAGAUAUUCUAUUGAAAAAUAUGGACAAGGAACAGAUGUACUUGACCCACGAUAUAGACCGGGAAAAACGAACCGUUGUCAAGGAUCUGACGCUGGUACGUCGUACUUCCGGUGUGAGUGACCAGGGAGUUCCGCCCCGUAACGACAAGGACACGGGUUACCAAAGUGCACCAAACUAUCGGAUGGGGCUCCGCCUCAGUGAACGGAGACUGUUAGAAUGGCGCGAAAAUGAAAAACAAGUAGAAAAGUUCAUGCAUCAGUCAGCAUGGGAACUCGCUAAAGUCAGUGGUAAACACAGACGCCAUUCAUCUCCUGAAGGUAAUAAACUUCCCAAGAGGGCACAACGUGCGAAAUAUUCUAACCGCUCAACAUCAUCAGUCGGCGGUUACACGGAGGUGAAAGUUCUUGAUGAUGACGUUUUCACAAACAGUAAUGGGAAUACUACAACAACUCAGCCGGACAGUGUGGUCAACCAGAAUCCACAGGAACUAGAAAAGCAAAUAUUUCAGCAGUAUAAAGAAUCUAUUAAUAAAACGCGCAUACCAUCGACUUCUGACGUUUUAAAAUUGAAGAUGACGCGCCAGGUGCGGUCCGAUAGUGAUUUGGGUAAAGAAGAAAAGAAAUGCUUACGAUUCCGGCCGCAUACAGCAAUACCGUCACAUACAAAGAGGACGCCAUUAAGAUUCAUUCCUGCUAGACCUGCGACGGCAUGGUCAAAGUCACAGGUUAACGAAAAGAGGACAGACUUGGUCAAAACUAAUUCAGAAAGCCAUUCCGUUUUAGACAAACCUACGGAAAUGCUCGUGAAUAAUUUCAUGACUGAACCGUCUCUUAAACCGGAACAGUUCUCUGAGGAUAUUUCAUCUAAUAUCGCCAUGGAUACAGCUGAGCGUGCGCAUACCGACGAAAUGUCCGAAUGCGAAAGUGAGGGAGGAAGUUCUACUUUUUCGAACCCUAGUCCACGAACUAUAUCGGAUCGUAUGAGAGCUCUUAUGCCGGAAGUAGAAGACAGGUUAAAGGGAACGUAUAUCAAUUCGUCCGUCACUAUCAUCUAUGAUGAAGAUGAUGAGCCAGGCAACAAUACAGAGGAAAAUGGCGAUAAUAACGACCAACAGGGAACGAAAAUACUCAGUGAAAAUACAGAAUCGGAAACAAGAGAGAGUAAUGAAGGACCAUAUACAAUCUCAGAUCUUAACCAAAGUCACGAUGACACAGACAGUGGACAAGUCAUGCAAACAUCGAGUGAUAUUAUCAAAACUGACAUCGGUCCUAAGGUAGAUGGUGGUCAACCCAAAUUAGCUGACCAGUUACUGAUACCUACAGAUCACAGUGACAUAAUGGGCAGUAAAUAUCCCAGGUCACAACGAAAGGUCAAUCGUGUCCUCACAGGAAUUGCUGAGGACAAGGUACUGACUAUAGAAGAAAAAACUCAAGAAUUGAGCAAUGUGAAUCGUAAUCAUGGUGACGACGUUUUAUCAACAACACCUAGUUCAUCGUCCCGUCUGACGUCACGACACCGACGUCCGAGUACGACCAGCAGCCUAUCUCAGUCCGACCGCCUGUCUGGCAUGUACAGUAGCAUGAGUGACAUUUACUCCAUCGGGUCUGAUGGACAGCGACGUCCGAGCAAAUGGCGACAAUACGUUGCCGCAGAUACGGCUCCUGUGCCGCAGAAGAAAAUUGUGACAGUAACUGCGGUAGUCAGGGCAGCGCUAGCUUUCUCUAAAAUGGCACGAAAACGCGCGCUCAACAAACUCGUGGAGGAACAAAGCACAGACCCUGUGGAGCUCAUCCGUCAGGAACGACUGCGGCGCUUGCAUUCGCGGAAUAACAUUCUACAGACUAUAUCGAACUCGUGGUCAAUGAAUGGGGAUAACAACAUGUCCGAGUUAAAGGACCAGGCGUGAUAUUAGUGAAAAUAUUUAAACUGACUAACGACCCCAGGUUCAAAUCUUCGGGAAUCAAUUGAACGGAUUCAUAACAGAGUUGGAGACACGACACAGACUACAGUCAGUCACACAUUAUACAGACUACAGUCAGUCAC